AUGUUUCUUACUACAACAACAAAAUAUGGUUCAACAUCACAUUUAAAAUCUAGUAAACUACCGAGUAUCGCCUAUAAAACACGUCGUUUAAAAAAAAGUCAACCAAUGCAUUCAAUUACAUCUAGUCAACAUUCUACCAGAAGUUCAGACCGACAUCAUAAUACCAAUAUACAAUCUCAACAACUUUCAUCAAAUAAUGUUGGUGAUAAUGAUGUAUCAUUAUUAAAAGAGAAAUAUAGUGAUUAUUUAAAAUGGUUAAAAACAAAUAGAAAAUUUGAUAAUGAACUUCUUAAAAGUUCUCUAGCAGAAUUUGGCAUUGAACCAUCACAAGCUGAACAACUCGUUUCAACAUGUACAUGGUAUGUUUAUCAAUUUCAGAAAGAAAUUGGAGUAGAAAAUAUGGAAGAUAAUCAAAAAAAAAAUAGAAAAACAAUAAUCCGAGAUCAUUCAGAUGAACAAUCAUUAUCACGUCCAAAAUAUAACAUUUUACCUCCAAUUCAAGUCGAGUUACAAAAAUCUCCUAUCAUCUCCAAUAAUAUUUCAAUAAAAAAAUUUUCUGAUCUUCCUCGUAUUCAAUAUUCAAGUCCACUUCGUGCAACAAUAGAUUGUGAGCCAUUGACAUCUUCUCGACGCGUAGAUUUUGGUACUAUUAAUCAAAUACAACAACAUCAACAUUCUUUAUGGAAAACAGCAAUAUCAAAAGCAAAAGUAUUACCAAAACUUCGUGCAGAUACUUUAACUGACAUUACAAGUACUACCGAUGGAAUGUCAAAUGAUGGUAGUAGUGAUUUUGAUCCGGAUAAACUAUCGGAUUUAUUUUCAUCUCAGAGACUUAACCAAUCUCAACAUCAACGAUCCAUACAACAGGUAACACCUUUGAAACAUGGUCAAACACGUUCAAUUCUAAGAAAAUAUUUACAACAAACAAAGUCAACUCAGGAUGACAUAGACCAGAUUGAUAAUCGAAUACCAUUAGGUACAAGAUCACGGAAAAUGUUUGGAGGUAGUGAAUAUUUUGCUCAAAUAAUGAAUGAAUUAGAAACACAACCUAUUCAGAAAUCGUUGAAAGAUCGUAUAGUUUUUGGUAUGAUGACACCAUCAACAACAGGGGACAUUUCCGAUGACUUUUCAUUAGGCUUAGUUGAUAAAAAACAUAAACAAGAUCUAGGUCUGAUCCUAUCUCGCUAUAAAAAUAAGUUAUUUUUAAUCCGUUCGUCGACGGAUAAUGAAAUUCUGCCCACUAAAAAAAAAAUAUUAAAAAAUUUUAUUUCUUUAUGUCUGUUAUGUACGUUAAUUAAUUUGGCACAAGGAACAGUUAUGAAAUUAAAUGAAAAUAUUAAUUUGAAAGACAGUAAUUAUCAACAUAUGUAUCAUUUCACAGCAUCAUUACUAAUUGGUUUGAUGAAAGCACCAUUGAUGACAGUGCAAGGCAACUAUGUCACAGAAUUAAGUCUUUCUUAUGCCAGACAAACUAAUGAACCGAUAACGCCUAUUAUGUGUCAGUUUUUUGGAAUAUUUAAUGGUAUUAAUCAAAUAGGUGGUGUUGUUGGAAGUUUAAUCACUUAUUUUGUAUUUUAUGAGACUGAUUCAGCGUUUAAUAGUAAUCACAUUCACUGUGGUGCUACAUUUCAUGCAAGAGAAGUGGCUAAAUACCCCAAUAAAACAUUGUCCAUUAAAACAAGUUUUGUUACAUGUUCGGUUGGUCUUCAGUACAUUGCUACGUAUGGUCUGAUAUAUUCUAAUGAAAAUGAAGAAGAAACAACAGCUGCAUUUUCUAAUUAUGCUUUAUGGAAAUAUUUAGGUAGUUUUAUUUUAUCCGUAACUGCACCAUUACUACCUGUUCAUACCAUAUUGAUUAUGAUAGCAUGUUUAGUGUCGCUAUCCAUCAUUUGUUAUAUUAUAAUUCAAUCAAUAAAAAGUAGUUAG